GUUCACCAUGGGAACUCCCCCAUUCUUCCGGUCCUCACCUUCCUCGAAAGCAGGCUUCGGCAAGUGACCGACAGCCCUUUUGUCGAAUCGCGGGCAAGAGGCGGGGUUUCAAGGUGAGCCACGCCCUCUCCCUAGAAACUCGCCGACUCGCUGGACAUGAAAAAGGUAGGGAGGCGGGACGGGCAGGUUAGCCGAGGAUAGCGAGCACAAGCCAAUGAGCGGCCGAGUUGGAGGGAGGGGGCGGGCUCUGGGGAAAAGAUUGGCGAGGGGCCAGCCAAUGCCGUUGGCAGACGCGGCUGAUGCUCCACGUCGGCACCGGGGCGACCAAGAUGGAGGCGCUGAUCCUGGUAGGAGCCGAAGGGGCGAGGGGGACUUGCUGGGGGGCGCGCCCGUUACCAUGGAGACGGGCAGGCGGACGGGACGCGGCUGGCAGGUUUCGGCUGGGGCCUCCUGAGGCUCGGGCUCGGUCCUUGGGGCGGGGCCCAGGCCCAGCUACCUGGCGGGAGCCUCCAAGAGGCUGGGGCGGCCCGUAUGGCAGACAGCAGAGCUGCCCCUGCGGGAAGGGGGGCUCUGGCGGCCGCUCGAGAGGGGCCCGGGCCAGCUGCUCCUCGUGCGAAAUCCAGGGGAGCCUCACCCCACCCCGCCCUCUCUAGCCUUCCCAAGCGGGGGCUCUCCGUCUCCUGAAGCGUGUAGGAGGGGUGUGAAGCGGAUUUAACUGCAGGCAAAGGAAUAAUAAUAAUAAUAAUAAUAAUAAUAAUAAUAAUUUAUUAUUUGUACCCCGCCCAUCUGGCUGGGCUUCCCCAGCCACUCUGGGCGGCUUCCACAAAGACCAAAAAUACACUAAGAUGUCACACAUUAAAAGCUUCCCUAAACAGGGCUGCCUUCAGAUGUCUUCUGAAUGUCAGGUAGUUGUUUCUCUCUUUGACAUCUGGUGGGAGGGCGUUCCACAGGGCGGGCGCCACUACCGAGAAGGCCCUCUGCCUGGUUCCCUGUAACUUGGCUUCUCGCAGUGAGGGAACUGCCAGAAGGCCCUCGGCACUGGAUCUCAGAACGAUGGGGGUGGAGACGCUCCUUCAGGUAUACUGGGCCGAGGCCGUUUAUUUAGUCCAUUUUAUUGUGAAAUCCUACUGUGGGGAUUGAUAGGAAAGGCAGGGGUAAAAUGCUCAUUCCCAUUCUGUGCCCUAGUAAAAUAAAAAAAGAACUUCCUCUGUGUAUGUAUGUAUGUGUGUGUGUGUAGGAAACGAAAUGAAAUGUCAUGAUGCAAAGUUUAAUUUUGCAAACCAUUAGAUGGGAAGGAGGGAAGUUGCUAGCCAAAAAGAUAAGCUAAUAAUAAUAAUAAUAAUAAUAAUAAUAAUAAUAAUAUUUUAUUAUUUAUACCCUGCCCAUCUGGCUGAGUUUCCCCAACCACUCUGGGCGGCUCCCAAUCAAAUGUUAAAAACAGUACAGCAUUAAAUAUUAAAAACUUCCCUAAACAGGGCUGCCUUCAGAUGUCUUUUAAAUAUAGGAGAGCUGCUUAUUUCCUUCAUAUCUGAAGGGAGGGCGUUCCACAGGGCGGGCGCCACUACCGAGAAGGCCCUCUGUCUGGUUCCCUGUAACCUCACUUCUUGCAAUGAGGGAACCGCCAGAAGGCCCUCAGCGCUGGACCUCAGUGUCCGGGCAGAACGAUGGGGGUGGAGACACUCCUUCAGGUAUACAGGACCGAGGCCGUUUAAAAUAAAAUAAGAGGAUAUGAUGUUAUGUAAUGUGAUUAUAUGUAAAACCAAUAAAAAUUAUUUAUAAAUGUGUGUGUGUGCGCGUGCACGCACACACACACACUGGACUGCUUUCCUAUUCCUGCAGGGGUUCCUCAUUAAUCUGUAAUGGUAGAUGCAUUUUCCUUUAAGACAGGUUGCUGACCACUCCUGAACUUGACAUGCAAUGUGCAGCUGAAGAGUUCUGGGUUUUCCGAUGCACUUUCAGUUUCCGCAGGGCUGCUGUGAGGCCCAUCAGGAUUGGUUGGUGCCCUCUGUGAACCGAGUCCAUUAACCCUUUUCCAAAUGCCUCAGGGAGCAGAGGAAGGGGCCGUCUAAUGAGUCAGACAGAGCAUUGAUCCAUCUAACUGAUGAUGAUGAUGAUGAUAAUGAUAACUGAGCACUGUCAACACUGACUGGCAGCAGGUCUUCAGGGUUUAAGGCAGGGGGGAUGCCAGAGAUUGAAUCUAGGAUUUCUGCAGGAAUGCAGAUGCUCUUCCACAGAGCUGCAGCAGGGGCUGCUUGACAGGGAAGUCAGUUGUGGAGAAGGUGGUAGAAAUUUUGAGAAUCCCUGGGGGACAAGGUUGUAGAUAGGCUAGUGUGCCCUGCAGCUAUACAGUCUUUGUCCUAUUCUGAAGAACCACAUGCAUGUAUCCAUCUGUUUGUCAAUAAAGCAUGCUUUAAAUACAUGCCAAGCUACUAUCAUAAAUGCCCAUUUUUUCUGCAGGGUCAGCAAAUAAUAAUAAUAAUAAUAAUUUAUUAUACCCCGCCCAUCUGGCUGAGUCUCCCCAGCCACUCGGGGUGGCUCCCAAUCAAAUGUUAAAAACAGUACAGCAUUAAAUAUUAAAAACUUCCCUGAACAGGGCUGCCUUCAGAUGUCUUUUAAAGAUAGGAUAGCUGCCUAUUUCCUUCACAUCUGAAGGGAGGGCAUUCCACAGGGCGGGCGCCACUACCGAGAAGGCCCUCUGUCUGGUUCCCUGUAACCUCACUUCUCGCAAUGAGGGAACCACCAGAAGGCCCUCAGCGCUGGGUCUCAGUGUCCGGGCUGAACGAUGGGGGUGGACACGCUCCUUCAGGUAUACAGGACCGAGGCCGUUUAGGGCUUUAAAGGUCAGCAUCAACACUUUGAAUUGUGCUCAGAAACGUACUGGGAGCCAAUGCAGACCUCUCAGGACUGGUGUUAUGUGGUCCCGGCGGCCACUUCCAGUCACCAGUCCAGCUGCCGCAUUCUGGAUUAAUUGCAGUUUCCGAGUCAACUUCAAAGGUAGCCCCAUGUAGAGCUCAUUGCAGUAGUCCAAGCGGGAGAUAACUAGAGCAUAAUACUCUCAUACUUUUUGAUGCUUUGGUGAAUUCAGGGAAGGGUUUCUAAUGUCUGCUUGCAGGGCCAUCCUUAGAUGUUUUGGAAUCUAAGUGAUGCAUGGUAAAAGAGUAUAAAUAACAUCACUUAUAAUUUGCUGCACCUCAGUGGAAAUCUGGCCACCCCUAGCCUUAUUGUACUUAGUUUGAACUUUCAUUUUCAUAUUCUAGACAGGGGUGAGGAACCUCAGACCUUGAAGCAAAAUGCAGCCCUCUUAACUUUUCUGACUUGUCCUUAGGAGUCUCACCAGGUUAAAACCCCUCUCCUCAAGCCACACCCCGCACCAGCCCUGCUUCACAGCCUCCUUGAGAGUUUUUGCCUGGCUGGAAUGUGCCCUUGAACUCUGAUAAUGCCUCUUCCUUGCCUGGAUGGAGAAUAGGGAGGUUGUGUUUGUGUUUGUCUGUGUGUGAACUAGCCUAUUGUACCCAGGUAAAAUUAACAUUUAUUGCUCUACCUACUUUUGCUUCUGGCCCCACUGAUCAGUGGCUUGUGGCCCUUGGAAGGUUGCCCACAAGGAAAUGCAUCCCUCUGGCCAUAAAAUGGUUCUGCACUUCUAACUUACAGGAGUGGGGGGCCUUAGCAGGUGCUCUACAGUGCUGGCCCUGCUUUUGGGAAAAUGUGGCCAAAUCUCUGGCACCCAAAUGGGCACAUAUUGUCAGUCAUUUGUAAAUGCAGUUUUUUCUCCAAGUCAGAUUGCCUUAUUUACUGACUUGCCUUAGCUCUAAAUAGAGGUUGUGUGGUAUAGUGAAUAGAGUGCUGAAUUUGGACUCAGGAGACUUGGGUUCAACUCUUUGCUUAACUGUGAAUCCACUAUGGGUCUUGAUGAUUGUUUUAUUAGAUUUAUGUUUUGCCUUUUCAACGAAUAGCUGCAGACAGUGAACAAAACAAAAUGAUAAGCAGCAAGAGUGCUGAAACAAUGCAAAAUAAGAAGAAAGAAAAAUACCUUUAUUGUAUUGGGCCAUAACAAUGCGACAAGUAAACAGAGGUCAAAUGUCUCUGUUACUGCUACUGGCAGUUGUUGAGUUUCCUUAGCAGGGACCUUGGGUGAGCCACUCACAGCCUAACCUACCUUGCUGGGAGGAAAAAAUGGGGGAAACUCCAUGUAUUGUGAAUUAAGCUCUUUGGAGGAAAGGCAGUGCACCUAUUGCAGUCUUCCCCAACUGUACACACCAGAUGAAUCGCCCCCAUGAAAAUUUGUUUCCUACUGCUGUUUAGCUGAGGGCCGUCAUUCAAAAUUAGCAUUUUUAUUAAUUUUUGUUUCUGCUCACCCUUGCGUGCCACAAUCCUUGAAGGUAAAGGUUAGGUCCAGUCGCGGAUGACUCUGGGGUUGUGGCACUCAUCUCGCUUUACUGGCCGAGGGAGCCGGCAUGCAGUUUCCGGGUCAUGUGGCCAGCAGGACUAAGCCGCUUCUGGCGAACCAGAGCAGCACAUGGAAACACUGUUUGCCUUCCCGCCGGAGCGGUACCUAUUUAUCUACUUGUACUUUGAGGUACUUUUGAACUGCUAGGUUGGCAGGAGCAGGGACCGAGCAACGGGAACGCACCCCGUUGCGGGGAUUCGAACCACCGACCUUCUGAUCGGCAGCCCUAGGCUCUGUGGUUUAACCUACAGUGCCACCCGUGUCCCUUUGCCACAAUCCUUAAGACCCCCUAAUUUGGUCCAUCCUCACAAAAAUCUGCGAAGAAGAUCGAGGAUUGCUAUAGCUGAUUCCAGUUUAACAGGGCUGAGGAAUCUGCAGCCCUCUGGACGAUGUUGGACUACAAUUCCCAUCACCCUCAACUGUUGGCCACAUUGCCUGAUGGGAACUGGAGUCCAACAACAUCUGGUAGGCCACAUGAUCGGCCAUGAUUGAAGCAGUAACUUCCCCGAGUUACCCAGGAAAUCCACAGCAUUACAAAUUCAAAUCCCCUGCUUUUCUAGAUUCCAGAAAACACAUUAUGCUGAGAUAAUUGUCAGAGAGCUAGUUGUAUCUAUACUGAAGUUUAGAUUGGACCUGCAAAAAGCCUUGUCCUAGUUCUCACUGAGGUAGUUAGUGAGUGGAGUGUUCCUCUUCAGACUGCACACAAAAGCUUCCUCAUGAAAAGAAAGGUCCUUGCCGAUAGGAAAUUAGUAUGGUGGAAAACCAGAACUAGCGUUGUUCCGGUGCCACAUAGUACUUGUUCUGCAGUGGUGAGAAAUUGAGCAAUAUAGGCAGCACCUACACUUUGGAACUCCCUUCCUAUUGACCUCUCCUGCACUCUUUUCAGCACCUAGAACAUUUUUCUUUAGGUGAGCCUAUCCAGAUAUAUAGCUGUUGACAUGCUUUAAACUUUUGCUGCUAUAAAAUGUUUUUAAUUGUUUUUACUGAUCAUUUUAAUGUGUUUUUUUUGUAAAUUGCUUUGAGGUUUUAUUACAAUCAAGUGAUAUAUACAUUUUGUUAAACAAAAUCAAAAUAUAAAUAAUAAUAAUUAUAAGAAUAGAUGUUGGGGGGAAGGCUUUGCUAUACAACUGUUCACCUGGUCAUCUCGGCUUUAUUAUGAGGAAGGAAUUUUUGUGUGGCUUUAGGAAUAUUUAGUCAGGUGGGGUCUGCACCUUUGGUCUGAACUGUACAGCACAGACACAGGUUUGACACUUUAGUGAAAAGAGGCAGGCCAGAAUCUGAAGAACUUGGCCCAUUUUAAAAGGACUGCCCGUGCAGUUUUGUGUUACACAUGAGGAAACUUGACUAACUUUACAUGGGCUUUUUUUUUUAAAGUGCGGUAGAGGGGGCUUAAAUACCAGGCUCUGUGUUGCUAGUUGGGGCCAUUGUGAAUCUAUGUCAUGGGUUGGCAAACUAUGGCCCGGGGGCCAGAUCAGGCCCAAUUGCCUUCUAGAUCUGGCCCACGGAUGGUCCGGGAAUCGCCAUGUGGAUCGGUGUGGGGAUUCUGAUCAUUCGGGCUGUGCUAUUUCUCCCCCCCACACACACACACUGUGGCGGCGGCGCCUCCUCCCUCCCUCCCUCCCCCUGGCUUCUCCCCACCUUGCCUAGAGGAGGAAUGGGGCUGGGCUUUGUUGGCUGAGCACCAUUUUAAGCAGCCCCUCUCUGGAGCCAGCCCUUUCACACCGCUCAUCGUCCCUCCGCAGCCCCUGCCGCUCGCAAGCUCAUCCGGUGCUGUGGAGAAGUGAGGGGAUAGUCAGUGGGGAAGAAUUCCCCCCUCCCCCCAAAAAAAUAGUAUGCCCCCCCCCACGUCUGACAGACAGUGGACCGGCCCCCUGCGAAAAAAGUUUGCUGACCCCUGAUCUAUGUGGUGAGAACCAUCCACUUAUAGGAAGCGCUGCAUUUUGUAGCAUGUGCGAUGCACACUUAUUUUGAAGAAAGCCUUUUGAACUCAGUGGGGCUGACUUUGGACUCAGCUGCAAGGCAUAGUACAUCAAAUUGCCUUUUGAACAUUGGCUUAACCAGGUAGCUAAAAUAGUUUUCUUACCUCCCCAGCCCACUCCUCCCUUCAAAUAAAAACUACACAGAAGACCGGAGUCAAUUGGGAGAAAACUCCUCAUCCCUGAUUUUGGUGAUUGAUUAGAUCUUGAAUGUGAAGCAAACGCCAUCCUCGGUCUUUUUUGGGGGCGGGUGGAGGAGUCAUUUGUUUGCGAUGCUCUUGGAGGCGUGGAAGAUAUGCUAAUGCUGGGUUGAGGAACCUGUGGCCCUCCAGUUCCCAUCAGCGUGGUCAGGAGUGAUGGGAGUUGGUUGUUCCACAGCAUCUGGAGAGGGGAAAGCAAAACCUUUUCUGACUCCAAUGAACUGCAACUGGGAUAUCCAGUUUUUUUAAAAAAACUGCUAGUGCCAACACCUGCUGAGGAGAGGAUUUGGGAUUUGAAUUUCUUUUUAAGUUCAGCAGCACAACUGCAUUGGCAAAGACACCGGAUGCCAUUUUGCUGUGCAGCACGUGACUAUCGCUAGGUUUGGUGUGGUGUGAUUUGGGGUAGCAGGACCCUUGCAAUAUGCUUUCUCUCUUUGGAGGAAAUGCCUUGGCUUGGCUUGCGAGCUGUGCAUUCCCUAGAUGGGAAUAGCCCUGCCUUCUCCGCGUGGCUCUCCCAAUUGCCUCUUGCAGAUAAAACCCAGCACGGACAUAUUUCUUGCUGUCUCCUCUCCCUCGCCAAAUGCUCCCCUUCCGCGAGGUCCUGGCAGCUGUAAAAUCUUUAUGGCAAUGCUGCUGCUAUCGUGCUGACCAUCUGGGCCGUUGCACACCUAGUUUAAUUGAUUGAAGUUUAAUUUAUUGAAACUUCAGAAUUAAAUGAUCAGAAUAAACUGUGCAGUAACUCUUAACGUCUUGUUUUAAUGGUUGAUUGCUCGAGGCAGCCCUUGGCUUGAACUGGAAGCCUCCAGAGAGGAAUUUAUGCCGCUUCUGGCCUUCCAGUCAGCGCUCAUUAUAGAUUUAAAAUGUGUGUUUAUUAGCUGCCUCUCCAGUAGAAGCUUGUCUCUCUGGCAAAGAGAUGUAUAAAUUCUCCUCCGAUGCUUGUAUGGUAAGCAUCUAUUCUUACUCUCUUCGGAAGCAAGGCAGGAAGGAGAUGUGUGGCUUUUGCCCAUCUCAUCUGUGGCUUCAUUCAAUCGAGGUCAGGGAUGGGGGUAUUCCUCUGACAGUAUUUGUAUAGCAAAUUGUCUGCUUAGCUUUGGGGCAUUGACAUGUUGCACUUACAAUUUUCACAGGCCUUCAUGGGGGGGGGAGUUUAGACCCCCUCUUCGUACUGCAAAGCAAGGAUUUGUGCUGUAAAACAGGCAUUGCCCAGGGGACUGGUGAAAUAUGAUAGGAGAGCAGGAAAUUUCCCUCUGCACAUCUGCCUGCCUGCAAAGUUUGCCAGGCAAAUUUAUGUAUGUGUGUGUGCGAAGAAGGACGAAGGCAACAGAAGGAGAUUCUAAAUUUGUCUACAUUAUUGCUCGUCCACAUGAUAAUGGAUGAGCCAUUCUGUGUGUGUGUGUGUGUGUGUGUGUGUGUGUGCGUGCAUGUCAGAGAGAGAGAGGAAGACCUGGUCUGUUUUCUUCUCUUCCUUUGUAUGGCGUGAGGCAUGCAAUUUCUGUUGGAACAGUGAGACCCCCUUUGUAAAAUGGAGACCUUGAGAGCAGUGGUUUUCAUGCUGUCUGGCUUCACAGAUCCCUCUUCAAAUGGACUUACCUGCUGUGUAGCGUGUUUCAGUAUUGGUCACCAAAGAGCUUCUUGCAAAUGAUUCUGGGAAGAGUUUUAAGGUGUUCACUCAAUUCUGUGCAGAGUGCUGGCCAGUCCUGUUGGGCUUCACCAUUGCAUGAACUGAGAGUGCAUCCUAGAGCAGGUCUGAAUAUUAGGAGAUAAUUUAGGUAGUGGUGGGUGAGCUGUCAUUCAGGGAUGCUUAGUUGCCAUUACUGAUCUCUGAGGAAUCCCUGGAUCCUUCAAACUGUUGUAUGAAAAGCUCUGCAUUAGACCCAGGCUGUUCUCCAGUAGAAUCAUGGCUGGCUGCUCUUAUGAUGGGUCCUGUCUAGGUGAUUCAGAGAUAAGAGAACCUUCUGUUCCUAUGGCUUGAGAAAAGUCAUGCGUAGUGCUGUCUCAGUCUGACCCAGUGGGUCAGUUGUUUGGAAUGGGGUGGCCAGACGUAGAGUUUCUGUGGAGUGGUGGAUCCGCCUGCCAGAGUCUACUCCAUAGAUGAGCCUGCAGCUCCUGUUGCAGCACUUGAGGUGAAGUUCUGUUAUACACUCCGACUGUGGCUAUGUGGAAGUCAGUGCAUCACAGAACUUUGUCUCGAGAGCUUUCAAGCGUCCAGCAUGGAGGAGCUGCAUCUCUUUCUGGUCCUUUCUCUUGCCCCAAGCAUGCCCUCUUUGUAAGCACUAAGCCUCAGAAUCUCAUUCAGCCGCAGACAUGGCAGGGAGGUGGCCCCCAUUUUCUCCUUUUACAUACAACACAUUCUUAAUCUCUCCUUUACCUUGGGAUAGGGAUGUGACAUUUGCUCUGCAUUUUGGGCUAUCUAGGUCCUAGACUAUGGUCCUAGUCCUGACAAGCUGAUACCUGAUCUGGAGCUCAUUGUGAGCUGCUGUUUGGUGUAGUGUGGUUGCCUUCAAUAUUGUCAGACAUGGGAACCACUGAGUGUGUUACAAGCUCUGCAGUGUUAAAAAUUCAGGUAUAUAAGCUACGUGCCAAAUGGCACCUUCAGUCUAGGUUGCGGACGCCACAAUGGAAUGUCUAUUCACCAAGGGGUUGGACUUAAUGACCCUUGGGAUCUCUUCCAACACUUCAAUUCUAUGAUCUCAAUUAAAUUGCUUGACUGUAGCUUGCUCUUGCAACAAUUCACUUGUUUCAGUAUGCAAGAAGGAAGAAAACACACAGUGGAAAUGAAAAUGUUAUUAACUAUGGAGCAAAGCAGAGGUUUUAAACUGCAGCCGCCAGCCUGGCACACAGAAAUCUCCACGUAGUCACAAUUGGACCUGCACCAGUAGCAAAACAAGCCUGGCGCCUGCCUAAUUUCAAACACUGCUUCCAGCCUGGAGUAAUUGGUAUGGAGGAGCAUAGUAUAUGCACAGCCCUCCUUCUUGUAACAGCUCCUAGGGCCACCCAUCAGAAGCUGUGGCCCUACCCCUGGGUAGGUCAGCAGUCAGAGGAAGCAGCACAUGGUAUUGUUUGAAUGGACCUGUGACAUUGUGCUUUUCUUUGCAGGAGCCAUCUCUCUACACUGUGAAAGCCAUCCUGAUCUUGGACAACGAUGGAGACCGUCUGUUUGCCAAGGUAAGUUUUCAGGGGGAUCUGGAAGGAGCGGGAAGGUACAAGGCUCCAAGGGGCCUGAGCAAAGCAGCCUGGCAGAGUUGUCACUGAGAGCUGGGGAGCUCUUAUGGACCGUUAACUGAGCCCCUGCUUUCCGAGCAAGAAGGACGUUAGUCCAGUCACCCGUGCUCAUUGAGGCAGCAUGUGAUCUAUCUUAACUCUUGCUAGUAGAUUCCUAUCCGGUGUGUUCUGAUACCUGGCACUCCUUUAUGCGAGCGUGUAGAGAACCUGUGACCAUCCAGAUGUCUAGCUUCCAUCUUGACUUGUCCAUUGGCCCUGCUGGCUGAUGGGAGUAGUCCAACAACAUCUGGAGGCUCCAUUUAUUUGGGCAAAAUCUUCCUUGCUGGAAGGCAGCCCUGUUUAGGGAAGCUUUUAAUGUUUAACAGACUAUUGUAUUUUAAUAUUUUGUUGGAAGCCGCCCAGAGUGGCUGGGGAAACCCAGCCAGAUGGGCGGGGUAUAAAUAAUAAAUUAUUAUAUUUAUUCAUUCAUUCAUUCUCCAUGCCAUCCUUGAGGUAGCUUUGUAAGUGCAGGAUCAUUUGCUUGCGAUGUUGCCCUGCUUGCAAAAUGAGUGUCUCCUGGGAAAAGUCCCAGUGUAUUUAUUUAUUUAAUACCAUUUAGAUGCCACCUAAUUGUUUCUAAAAGUCAGCUUACAAAAAAGUGUAGUUUCCCUUUUUUUUCUUCACUAUGGUGCCACCCCCAAUUCUACACCUGCUGUCUUGGCAGAGGAUGGAUUUGUGUUUCCUUUGCAGCCUGGUGCCUCCCCCCCCAGGGCUUUGGACUACAACUCUCAUCAGCGCCAGGCAACACAGCUGUGUUACAUUGGGCUGACAGAGGCUGCAGUCUAAAACAACUGGAUGGAUCUAGGUUGGCGAAGGCUGUUCUAACCCACAGACCACAACUAAAGUAAUUAUUAUUAUUAUUUAUACCCUGCCCAUCUGGCUGUGUUUCCCCAGUGACUCUGGGUGGCUUCCAACAAAAUAUUAAAAUACAGUAGUCCAUCAAACAUUAAAAGCUUCCCUAAACAGGGCUGCCUUCAGAUGUCUUCUAAAAGUCAGUGAGUUGUUUAUUUCCUUGACAUCUGAUGGGAGGGCGUUCCACAGGGCGGGCGCCACAACCGAGAAGGCCUGGUUCCUUGUAACUUGGCUUCUUGCAGUGAGGGAACCACCAGAAGGCCCUCGGCGCUGGACCUCAGUGUCCGGGCAGAACGAUGGGGGUGGAGACGCUCCUUCAGGUGACAUAAUUCACUUUUUUGGGGAGGGGGGGAGGCUGUGGAACCUGGAUCAAAAUCCCUGCUGAGCCACACACUCACCAGGGGCCUCUGCUUCUGCCUCUGCCGCUGUAUAAAAUAGGAAAGUGUCCUGCACUUUAGCCUUUUCUGUGAGAGCUGUUAUGAUGGAAAACAAACACUAUUAUCUGUUCUAAAAGUUGUGUGUGUGUGGCAGUCUAGCAGCCUUGUGUUCAGUUCUGCUCAGGAAUUCUAAGAAGCGCCCAGAACCCAGUGCAAUUUUGAAAGGUUCAUUCUGCCAUUUUUAUUCGAAACAGUGUCCAGUUUGUAUCCAAACGUAGACAAAAACCUGCUCCUUGAUCUCAGGAACCAUCAUGCAAAAUUUGGUUACUAUAUGUAUAUUUUAUAUAGCUCAGAGAGAGCCUCUGGUUUGUCACUUACAUAGUCACACUGGAUUGCCUCAUGAUAGCAUUUUCCUGUGCUUUAAGAGCUUAAGUUAAGUGGAAGGAUCAAGAAUUAGAUUUUUGAAUGCUUUCGCAAAAAUGAGGUGGUAAGAGCGAAAGAGCAUCAUAUUGGUGAAAAAAGAAUUGUAUAGUCUUAUCUGGUCAUUAUUUUAUUCCCUCUAAAGGGAGAUAAAAUUUAUAUAAAUAUUGCCUUUUUGUUGCUUAUUGCUCUUUUUUCAUAGGUUAGUUUUGUCACUAAAAAGAUUUCCCAGAUUUUCCUUAGCCGUUCUUGUACUGCAGGAGAUCUCUUAGGAGUUGUUCAAAGGCACAGACAACUUGACAAAAUAUAAAGCUUAAUAAAUAAAUGUUUGAGUGUCAUGUUUGUGCAGCUCAUAUGAGCAGCAUUUGACCCUGACAAGUGGUUUGUCUCGCAUUCCUCUCAUGUAACAAGCAUGCUUUCUUUCCCCCUGCAGUACUAUGAUGACACUUACCCCUCCGUCAAGGAGCAGAAGACCUUUGAGAAGAACAUUUUCAACAAAACUCACCGGACAGAUAGUAGGUUCUGCUGGGGAGCGUGAUGGGAGAAGGCACCUGGGACUGUAAUAUAUACAUGCAUAUAUAUGCAUAUUUUAAACAGGGCUCCCCCUGGAAUCCUUCAGCCAGAAGAGUCAGACACAUCUACAUGGCUUUCUUUGUUUGUCUAUCUGGUUUUUAAAAUACUCCCCACUCCACCCAGAGGUUGGAGUGUGUGAAUAUUGAUGCGAGUCCUCCUCCAGGAGUAGUCCAGCAGUUCUCCUCUCUUGCAAACACAGCAGCAGCAAAUGUAGAGCAGGGAGGUGGCAAAAGUUUUACCUGCUCUGCAGCUGUUUGGCUGCUCCAUGGGUCUAUAACCAUGAGUAUAGUGGCUUUGCUUUGAUUGGAGGGCGGUAUCUACACUAGUAUGCAAUGAGAAAUCAGAAUGACAGUGCAAGAAAGAUUGAUAAAGAAGCAGAUCUUUGACAUACCCCAAUGUAUUUUGAAUAUAAAUGUUCUUCAUCAGGGGAAAACUGACUCUAUUCUAAAUUAAGAAAUGGCAUUCCAGUUGAAUUCCGUCUCCUCCAGCCUCUUCCAGAGUGCAUGGAGGACAUAAGCAGCAGCGGUAACACUUGAAAGAAGACAUUUCAUUCAGUUUCCCUUCUCAUAAAGAAGCUGUUCUAUUUGUGCUUGUGCAGCUGAGCUAGCGCAAUUCAGUCAGCGGAUUCUGCGCUUGGAUGUUUGGCAGUGUGCACCUCAUUUGUGUAAAUGUGUGCUGCAUGUGGGCAUAAUUGCUGGCGGUGUCUGCACUAUGCAGCAAGUGGUGCCAAUUCAAGAUUGCAGUCCAAUUUAAACAGCAACCCCCCCCCCCCAAAUCAGAUAGAUCUUCCUACAGCGGUGCAAACUCGCCCAAAGAUUUUGUGAUGACUCUGGAUGUUGCUUUCUUGCUUAGCAGCUAUUGAGAAAAACAGGAAGAGUGCUGCUUUUCUUGUAGUCCUCAUGUUCUCUUCUAGCUCUUAUUAUUUUUGUUAUUUUAUUCCUUUUCUCUCUCCCUCCACCUAGGUGAGAUUGCUCUCCUAGAGGGACUGACAGUUGUUUACAAGAGCAGCAUUGACCUGUAUUUCUACGUCAUCGGCAGCUCCUACGAAAAUGAGGUGUGUAUAUCCUUAGGUGGCAAAGAGGCUUUUCUGCAGAAAUGAUGCAUGCAAGGUUUUGACUAUCCUGGCUUCCCUGCUGAAGGUUAUGUUGGUCAUGAUCUUUGGGCUGUGUGAGAUCCUUGGCUUCUUCCUCUGCCACAAAGCAUGCUUGCAACGCUGAUUGCCACUGCGGUGCUGAGGCGAGGGAGAUUUGUUGAACUCCUCCACCCUCCCUGAAAAUAGUUGACAGUCCCACAGGAUUCUUUUAAGGCAGAGGUGGGGAACCUGUGGUUCUUCAGUUGUUGUGUGACUUCACCUAACAUCAGCCACAGCCAGCAUAGCCAAUAGCGAGAGGUUGAUGGGAGUUGUAGUCUAAGAGAAUAUUGGGGGCAUGGCUUUCAUAGCCCUGCUUUAAGAGGGAUGACUUCAACAGAGCAAGAAGAUCCUGGAUUUCUAUGUCCUUGGGGUGGGUGGGGGUGCUGGCAAUCAAUGCCAUGCUAUUGCCCUCUAGGAAUUACCCCCCAAAAUUGCUCCAAAGCCAGCUUUGCCUUGAGCCACUUUUGUAUGCGAUCGCAUGGAUUGUGUGCAUGUGUGUGUGGUUCCUUUGCUCUGAAACUUUUGUUUUCUCCUUUGCAGCUAAUGCUAAUGGCUGUGCUGAACUGUCUCUUCGACUCACUCAGUCAGAUGCUGCGGUAAGAAUCUGCUUUCUGAUCGUGGCUGAGCUGGUUGCACAGGGUGAAAUGUGGGAAUUGUUUUUGUGCCUCAAAUGCAUUCAUUUUGGGGUUGGGUACACCACGGAGAACAAAAGCACUUCCUAAUUUUUUAAUGUUUUGGAAGUGCAAAAAAAAAAAAAGUACUUAAUUGUUUGGAUUCCACCCCCAACCCCUCGGAUGUUUUAAGUCACAAUAAAAUCAAUUGAAAGUCUAUUUUCAGCCUCCUGUCUCCAAAAUGGUUUAAGUGACCCCUAGUGCUAUACUGUGCAUGUUUACCCAGAAAUAAAGACUGGCACUGGCACUUACAGACCAAGACAUUUUCCCUGGGCAAUUUAAUUUGGGCAACACAUUUAGCUGCUGCCUCAUAGUAUCAUCUCAUCAUGUUUUAUAAUGUAAAUAGUUAUUUAUAAUUGGACUCAGAAUAAUGAAGACAUGUCUUCAACAGAUUAAAAAGGCCCAUUGAAGUUCGGUGGGAUUUACUCCCACAUAUAAGUGAGUUUAGGAUUGCAACCUCAGUUAUGGGUUAUUCAGGAAGGUGUGUAAGCCGGGAUAAGAGCAUAUAAAAGGGUCCAGCUGGCAGCCACAUGUGAGUAGAAAGAGAAGGUUUCCUUGGCAGAGGCAGAUGUGCAGGAUAUGGGUCCUGUCGUGCCUUUUUCCUUUUUCAGCAAUAAUAAAGAUGAUAUGCUAGGCGUGUCUGUUGUGGCACAGCAAAAGCACAGAAUCAAGCUUCUAAAAAUUGUGGCUUUUGUACUUUAGCAGGGAACUAUUGGGGUGGUUAGAAGCUGCUAGAGGCGAACUAAAGCCUUACAUACACAUCACAUCUUCUGGCUUCCUAACCCACGUCUAAGCAGAAGUGGAAUAUAUUCAUGGCAAUGAAUAGAUGAUUGCGCUGCUUGCCUUAACUAUAUUAUAUAUUUAUUUGUUGAAGAUAUUUAAUUGCCGACAUCUCGUAAGUGGUGUGCAUAAAAAUUACUAAAAGCAUACAAUGGAUAAAUUCAAUUACUAUUAGUCUUAAAAACAGAAAAAUCCCUUUAAAUGUCUGCUGAAAAGGAAAGGUCUUGGUCAGGCGCCUGAAGCUCAAGAGGGGAAAGGGCCUUUCUAAUCUGAGCUGGGAGGGGGCUCCAACUCCCCUGCUUCUGUAUUAAAUACAUAUUUGUCCAUAUUUAUUUAGGUUCUGGAAUAUGACUUUUAUUAAUGUAGAAUUGCAGUUUCUUUGUGUGGGUGGUGGUGGCGCAUAAUACAUGUGUAUGCUCAUGCCCCAUUUAAAGGAAGGCCUUUGUGUAUGGUUUUGUGUGUCCCAUGGUUCAGGGUACAAGCCCUGGAAUCCAGGGCAGAAUUAAAGAAUCCUGAGGUUAUCAUCAGGUUGCUAGUCAUUAGAGCCCUGCUGAAUCGGUCCAAAAUCCCAUCUGGUUCAGCAUCUUGUUCUCACAGCCAGAUGUGCAACCAGAUGCCUGGGGGAACCCUCAAGCAACACACGAGUGUAAUGGCAGUCUCCCUAUUUGUGGUUCAUUAUCCUCCAGGAAUUUGCCCAGAUCCCUUUUAAAGCCUCACUGCAUCUCACCCAGCCCCUUCAUCGUCCUUGCGAUUGCACAGCGAAGCUUUUAUUUUUUUUAUAUAAAUAAUUUUUAUUGAGAUUUAAGAUCACCCACCAACACCCACCAACACCAGUAAAACAUCAAAUCUUAUUACAUAUAUCCUACUUUAUGCUCUGUAGAGCUGUUGACUUCCGUCCUUCCCUUCCAUCAGUUUUCCUAUUCUAUAGUUCACAGUUUCUUUGAUUAGAUAUUACUCACAGCAAAGCUUUUAAAUGUGAGGCACGUCUGAGUAAGGUCUGUGCUUAAGGCUCUGACAAUGAGCUAGGUUGUGAGAUUCCCUGGGUGGUAAGAUGAGACCUAGACCCUCAGCUUCUCAACUGAGCAGAAUCUGGUUUGUCCUUCUGUAGGAAGAAUGUGGAGAAGCGAGCACUUAUGGAAAACAUGGAGGGCCUUUUCCUGGCAGUGGAUGAAAUUGUGGAUGGCGGGUAAGUCCAGCCACAACACUAAACUUCUAGACUUCUCACAGCUCUUUUCAGGAUCUGAUACGUGUGUGUAUGUGUGUGCGUGCAUUGAAAGAAUGUGCAUUCUUGAUGGUGGCCCUUGCAUUUGCAUGACUCUUCUAUCGCUCCUGCCCUGCUCUUGGAGCGUAGCCCAGCUGAGUGAGUGAUUGCUUCUUCAUCUCUUACAGGGUGAUUCUUGAGAGUGACCCCCAGCAGGUACUACAUAGAGUUGCUGUGCGGGUAAGUGAAACCCAUCUCUUUUCUUCUUCCUUGAAUGCCUCUUCAGUAGGCAUGACCUCUCUGCUGACCUCUGUCCCCCUGAAGGGCACAGAACCCAUUUUACGACAGAAGAAAUCAACCAAUUGCAGUGUUGGGGAGAGGGGUGUGGGUUUGUUUGUUUUUUGUAUAUGUUGUUUACUUUUCCCCCCUUAACAUAUUUGAAAUCUAAUAAAAUAUUUUUUUUAAGGCCAAAUUGCAUACCGUAUUUUUCGCACCAUAAGACACACUUUUCCCUCCUAAAAAGGAAGGGGAGAUGUGUGUGUGUGUUAUGGAGCAAAUGCAGACGGGAGGUUCUGCUCAGCGCUCCCUUUAAAGAGCCGCGCUGAGCCUGUGUGCGGCUCUUGCUGGCUUUUCCCUGAGGUGGGAGAAGGGACAGACGGGCUGCCCUCUGUCCCUUCACUACCUCCCGGAAAAGCCAGCAAGAGCCACACACAGGCUCAGCGCGGCUCUUUAAAGGGAGCACUGAGUGGCUCUUGCUCUGCUGGCUUCUCAGCAAAGCAGGAGGAGGGACGGACGGGACAGGUGCUUUGCUUGCUUUACAGCGAGGCGGGAGGAGGGAUGGGCAAGCAAAGUGAGAGCUGCGCAAAGUGGGACAGAAGCCAUGUAAGCGGCUCUUGCUUUGCUUGCUUUAAAGCAAGAACAGCAAAAGCCGCUUACAUGCUCUACACAUAAUUUUUUUUUUCUUGCUUUCCCCCUCUAAAAACUAGGUGCGUCUUAUGGUCAGGUGCGUCUUAUGGAGCGAAAAAUACGAUAGGUUGAUGGGGGGAAGGAAGAGGAGGCUGCUGCUGGUAAUCUGGUUAGUGGUUAGACUAAGUGACAUUGGGCGGUAGAUUUCUGAGCAAGGCAUAACUCCUGGGUAGGAGCUGGGAACUCAAGAGCAGUUAUGUAGCAGAGAGGAAUGGGGUCUCCUUUCAGGAGUCAGUAGACCUAGAAGAGCCUUGCUGUAUUAGGCUGAAAGUCUAUAUACAGCAUCCUGCAGUCAGGCCUGCUUUCAAUUGCUUUAUUAUUUCUGCACACCAUUGAAUUUGUGGUUUCCCCUCUUUGUAUUUCAGGGAGAGGAUGUCCCUCUUACAGAGCAGACAGUGUCACAGGUAUGUCUUCUGCCUAGAUCUUGCUGGGUACCUUUCAUUAAAUGCUGCUGGUACCACUUUUUCUACAUGUCUCCUCCCCCUCCCCUUUUCCCUGAAGCUUCUGGGAUAUCGCACCAACUUUAACUUGAUGUGCCAGCCAAAAACAUUUCUGUUUACCCAUGCAUUUGGAUCUUGAUUUGAUCAUAAUGUGGUAUGAUUCUGGCCUAUUUUGGUGUUCAUCUUUUUAUCCUUGUUGCCAGAUGAACACUAAUAAUCACCUUGAGGUUUUUACAAUCAAACGGUAUAUAAAUUUUAUGAAGUAAAAUAAAUAAUAAUUGAGGAGGCAUGCUAGGAGUAGAUGUCUGCCUAUCGCAUCCCACAAAUACGUUUUUGGCGUCUGAUGCAGAAUUUAAUAUGCUGAUAUUCUUGCCUGCCAAAAAAAGAAAGAACAGCAACCCAAUCUUCUUAGUCCUUAUGGCUAUAGAAAUAAGUAUGGAGACCUGUUGAUUAAAUCUCACAAGCCAAAGGGAGCCUAAGCAGAAUCUUGGCUGGUGAAAGGGCUGAGCUUAAGUGCAGUGCAUAGGAAAUGCCCCUAGUGCUUUUAGAUAUCAGGCAUUGCAUUUUGGAAAAAGCAAGUCGCUCAGCCCCUUUCCAGAAGUGUCACAGGGGAAUAUGCAUUUUUAGCGAUGUACAGCUGUGGCUGGUGGUGGCAAUGUUUGUAUGUGUGCAUGCAGUACGAAUCCUUUUCCAGGUAGUAUUUAAGGCGUUUGCCACCAAGGUGUUUCCUGUUAACCACAAAAGGGUUGGGUUAGUGGAGAAUGUGUUUCAACCGAAUCCUGCAGGCUGAAAAAAAAUCUGAAUCCUUCAACUUUCGUCUGCAGGUGCUGCAGUCAGCAAAGGAACAGAUCAAGUGGUCACUACUGCGAUGAGGAGCCACGUGGGAUCUCCCCCAUUAACCUACUGUGUCCCCAGCUGUCCCCUCUUCCUGUCUGUUUCGCACUGACCAAAAUGCAACAUGACCACAGUUUUUGAUGUAUCCGGU